AUGCAUCUUGAGUAUCUCAGCACGCUUGGUCUUUGUGUGGUGCAACAGUCGCCGCUUCUGCUGAAUUUUGCGGGUGAGGAAGAUGAGAUAGCAGUGCCGGAGGAGCCAGCCCAGAAAUACCACCCGCAGAGCCAGACCCGCCGUGAGCACCGUGAUUCAGCAGGAGGUCGAGAGCUGAAGAUUUCGAAGACUCUGGUGCAGAUCUUGCGGCACACAGCCCUGGAGUUUGAUAUCGACGUAAGACCUGAUGGGUUUUGUCUUCUGCAGGAGGUCUUGGGCUGUAAGUGGCUAGCAAGCUUGAAUGCCACCCAGGCUGACGUGGAGCGAAUUGUGGCUGGGAACGACAAGAAACGCUUCGAGCUGAAGGAAGAUGAAGGUCGAUUUUUUGUACGAGCAGUGCAGGGCCAUUCCAUGAAGGCGGUGGAUGACGACCAACUCCUUGAACAUGUGACUUUGAAGAACUUGCCCGACUGCUGUGUGCAUGGGACCUACCGGAAGCAUUUUGAGAGCAUCAAAGCCAAAGGGCUGUUGGUUGGUGGACGCCAGGGCCGAAGUUUCCGCAACCAUGUGCACUUCUCGUCCUUCAAGCCUGGGGACAAGCGAGUGAUCUCUGGAAUGCGGUAUGACUGCGAUAUUGGCAUUUGGAUCGAUUUGAAGAAAGCCAUCGAAGAUGGUGUGCCCUUCUACAUGAGCGCAAACCAAGUAAUUUUAAGCCCUGGCAUUGAUGGAGUCGUCGACAAGAAAUACUUUACCCAAGCACGAGAUUUGCGGAACAAGAAGGACCUUUCCCUAGCUGGCUAG